AUGGAAAUUAAAAACCAAACCACCAUCUCUGACUUCCUGCUCCUGGGCUUCUCUGAACACCCUGCUCAGCAGCACCUCCUGUUUGGGCUCUUCCUGGCCAUGUACAUAGUCACUGUAUUGGGGAACCUGCUCAUCGUCCUGGCCAUCGGUUCUGACCAGCACCUCCACACCCCCAUGUACUUCUUCUUGGCCAACCUGUCCUUCAUCGAUACCUGCUUCACCUGCACUAUUCUCCCAAAGGUGCUGGUGAACAUCCAGACACAGCAUCACACCAUCUCCUACACCGGCUGCCUCAUGCAGAUGUACUUCUUCAUUACCUUGGCCCUGAUGGAUGACUUCCUGCUGGCCGUGAUGGCAUAUGAUCGCUACGUGGCCAUCUGCCUUCCUCUGCACUACACUAUAGUCAUGCAUCCCCAGCGCUGCCUGACACUGGUGCUGGCAUCCUGGCUCUGCUCCCACAUCGUGGCUUUCUCACUUACUUGUCUAAUGGCUCAAUUCUCAUUCUGUGCCUCCCAUUCCAUCCCACACUUUUUCUGUGAUGUACCCCCUCUUCUCAAACUUGCCUGUUCAGACACUCAUAUCUUUCAGGUCACAAUGUUAACUGAAUCAGUUCCCUCAGGUGUCAUCCCCCUCACCUGUGUCUUGGUCUCUUAUGUCCACAUCAUGCACACCAUCCUCAGGAUCCCUUCUGCUGGGGGGAAGCACAAAGUCUUCUCUACCUGUGGCUCUCACCUGUCAGUGGUCAUUCUCUUCUAUGGGACCCUCUUCCUGGUGUAUUUACAGCCCUCAUCCUCCUACUCAGCAGAUACUGGAAUGGUGGUAUCUAUAGUAUACACGAUGGUCACCCCCAUGCUGAACCCUUUUAUCUAUAGCCUGAGGAACCAGGACAUAAAGAGGGCUUUGUGGAGACUCAUUGGCUUGAGAAAAUGCUCCACUCAGUAA